AUGGCCCAGGGAGCCUUUACAAUUGCUCUCAAUUUAGCAGUCGUUGUCAUCGUCAUUAUGCACGAAUUACCUAUCUUCCGAGGUACUAUCAAUGCCUUCACAGCCAUUAAGCUAUUUAAUAUGCAAUACACGCCCAAAAUCCUCCUUCGGCACAAUCUUGUCGAUGAUGAUGAGCCAGGCGCUUACCACCAAACUACCAACGAACUCGUCAAAGAAUUUUACUGA